CUUGAAAGUGUUAUGGAAACGCAUUCCCGACGACCAGCCCCUGGCCGAUCUCCUUUGCUCGCUCGGAAUCGCCGAGAAAGAAAGCACACUGGCCGGAAAUGAUGUAAUUGGAGACGAGCCUGCUCGAUUCGAGAUACCAAUUGAGCGCGGCAAUUCCUCGGCCCCUUGGGGUGAGGCUCAGGCGAUUGAGAGACGCUGGAAGAAACUUCGUGGAUACGACGAUCCAUAUAUCCUGCGCAACGGUCAGGAAGACCCUCGUGCGCAUCCACGAUGGGAGCGUUUCCGAGAGUACGUCUCGUACGUACGCGCGAUCACACUCUUCGCAUUCGAUGGUCCCAAGUGGUGCGAGCUAUGGACAGAGAUGUUACCUCUCCUGGACGGAGCACCGCUUCUCCCCUCCCUGGAGUCCGUCUCCUUUUGCAACAUCUCGAAGCGCGCCCUCACUCCAAGCGCUUUUCUCCUGAUAGCGCCUUCUGUAUCCAAGCUCGACUUCACCUUCAAUGUGUACCCGGACACACAGAGUUUGAUAUACUCCGCUUUCGUGCUGGCUUUCGACCAUGCGCCGACCAUUGAGAAGCUCCGUCUAUUGGAACAACCCUGGAAGGACAUGCAUACCCGAUGCCCGCGGGUGCGCCAUCUCGAAGUGAUUUACCAAGUAAAUCCGACCGGCCUCAACUACAUCGCCGAGUUUCCUGCACUACAGAACCUCUCGGUCUCUUUGCAUAACAUCUUCUCCAUAGGUGACGAUGUCUCCUUCCCUCAGCUCCGCGUUUUGAAGGCCGGAGGCAUAUGGGCAGAACUUGACUUCUUCCUCCGAUCCAUCCGCUGUCCAGAACUCCGGGAGCUAUCUCUAGAAGCUUGGCAGAGUGGCGCGUCGGCCCAUCAGAUGGCAGAGGACGCCAGCCAGUGUCUCCAAGAGGUUGCGUCCUAUCACCCGUCUCUGAAGGGGUUGUCGGUGCGCACUACCUUCGGCCCGCCGCCACCUGCAGGUACUUGCGUCGGGCGAAUGAUUCCGACGGUGCAAGAUACCUUCCAAGGAUCCAUUCUCGGCGUCAUCCGGCCCCUCCUGACGCUUCGUCGACUACGCAAGCUCUCACUCAGUCUCCCGGACUACUUCGACGUGGAAUGCGCGGAUACUGACGUCCUCCUGAUGUCUGAAUCGUGGCGCAACAUAGAGGAGCUUCACAUCGACAUCUGGAGCUACUUGGCGCCUCGGGGAAUGUCGCUCGGAGACCGCGCUCGUGGAGGGGAUUUCGCGUCUACCGCGCACUUUGCGCGCAACUGCCCCUACCUUCGCUCGCUGCAUCUGCCUCCCAUGGAGAUCACUGCGGAGACGCUGGAUGCAGUCGAGUUUUCCGGCAAAGCGCACGGCUUGCAGACGCUGAUCGUGCCGAAGUUCAAGGUACGACCGGACAGCGAUGAUUCGACCAAGCUAGUGGAAGAGGCUGUGGGGCGGACAUUCCCAUCAGCUGCUUGGGCUUUUUGGGUAGACAGGACUGUGGCAAUUGAUGGAUGGGUGGUCGCUGGUGACGCUGCACACUGCCUUGAUUGUGUUGGCACUGUUGGGCAAGACUCGGCAGGCGCGUUAUAAGCGGUCACAUCCUGUGUGGUUACAAGGACGUUGCUGUGUGCAGUUUCAAACAGGACAAGCUGUUGCACCCCCGAAUUUGUCUGUUGAGAGGGAAUACGAGUGGCAAUGGGUCCAGACGUUUUCGAAAGGCCGAUGGCAUGACGUAAUACCUAUAAGUACCCGGCUUCUCCCUUAUUAGAAGUCAUCGCGUUGUCCGCAAUCAUCAGUUUCCCUCGUUCGAACGCCACGAUGAGGAUUCGACAGCAACUCACACCUCCCUCUCCACAAGAAGUCCUGUUGCAUACUCUGACAGUCGAUAUAAUACACCCAGGCUUCAAUCGUCCGCUAUUCUCCCUUCCGGCGUUCUCCGACGAACCGACCCCUUCUGGCGACACGCAGUACGGCGUAGACCAUCGUCUCGUCCUGGAUGCUUGCCGUAUCCUUACCAACCUCACUGCAAACGAUCAAGAUGGCUACAUAGCUCAUGACUGCGCUGGCGAACAGCGCGUCUCACUGGACAUUUCGCUCCUAAGCCCGGGUCGCUACUUCUACCAUCUCGCAUCACCUGGGACCACGAGCAAAUACCGCAUCGUCAAAGAUUUCUCCGCAUGGAGGUUUCCGGCUUCUAUUCCCUCUCAUUGGGUCCGGACUAGAACUCCUGAAGAACGGUCAGCGCUCUACCGUUAUGAGUUCAAUUCGGCAUCGGCCAUGUCUAGGGUUGUCGUCUCAGAGGACGGGCAUUGCGUAAUCACCCAGUAUCAGCAGUCGUGCGAAAAUGCUCACCUCGUCCCCAAAGAACACGAGGACUGGUUCAACGGGAACAACAUGACCGACUACAACUUGUCUGGUCCUCUAACAGGUCUCGACGAUGUGGCAAACGGCUUGACUCUGCGUAGCGAUGUGCAUCAAUGCCUUGAUCGUCAUGGCUUCGUGUUCUAUCCGGUAGAAGGUAACAGAUUCGUGGCGUACGUCGUGCAGCGAGGAGCCUUCGAACAUGCAGAGCUAUUUCACCAGAGAUUAGUCACCUUGCCUAAUCGGGUGUCCGACCAAUUUGUAUACGCUCGGUUCGCUUACACGUUCAUCAACCUUCCGCGGGACAAAGACGCUUUCGACGUAUUCCCGGUCAGCGAGGAAGUCGAGCGGAGAAGGGCGGCUCGGUUGGCGGUUCGGAAAAUGCCCAAAGAAGCAGGAAGACAGAAGCGGUCGAAGCUCGAGGUGAUCCAUGGGGGCGCGGACAUAAUAACGUCUGAGAUGUCCGAAGGGUCACGGGGAAACAGUGGGACUGAUGCUGAGACCGUCGAUUCGGAAGAUUCCAUGUUGCAGCCCAUGACAGAAAUCUCCUAUGCAGCCGCCGACAAGAAGUACAGGGACCGAUUUCUCAAACGGUUUCCGGAUCAGGCCGAAGAAGUUGACAAUCCACCCGAAUCCCUCGUUACGUCCUGUCACACCGACACUCCCCGCAUGCUGAGACUCAUGUCCGAAUACAUGAAGAAGAACCCACAAGUGUGGAAGACAUCUUCGACGCCGGCCGAGGCGACUAGACCGGAUGUGGAGGGCUAUUACGCGGAUUUGCUCGCUGGCACGAACUGAUAUGUCUUCUUACCAGAGAGCUCGCACGCCGAUCAGGUCCGUCGGCCCCUUUCCUAGAUUAUUCCUCGAUUAUGAAGCGCAUCUUGUGACCAAUACGUAUCGAAUGUU